AUGCAUUUCCUCAAGGCUCCUCUUCUCGCCGUUCCUGCCGUUUAUGCCUGCGGUGACAACUCUUACAGGUGUAAGAAUCCAGACAAGUCUAUUCAAGACACGUACAAGGUCACCAUGGAGAUCUGUAACGGCCGGUGUUCUCACUGGGCCGAGGACUACUGUGACCCCUUCGGCGACAACAUCCAGAAGUUCAAGGAGAAGUGCGAGAAUCAGGGCGAGAACUGGUACUGGGUUGAGUGCUAA